AUGGGUGACUAUUAUGAACAAAGAGCCAACGGGAACCUACUCAUCACAGAAGGGACCAUCAUAUGGGACGAUGGCGCAGGAUGGAGGAAUGCUCCUCGCAUUGAUACACAACAACACGCAGAGGCCUGGAAACCCAUUAUCGACCGCGUCCAUGCCAAGGAUGCCCUCGUUUACUGUCAACUGUGGCGCAUUGGACGGCAGUCUCACACAUCCCAUCAUCCGGAAUCGAAGCGCCGCAUUGUGGGACCAAGCGAGAUUGCCAUUGAAGGCAAGGUGAAGACCGUGGACGGUCAAGAUGCCGACCCCGAAGUUCCUCAUGCCUUGACGAUUGACGAAAUCAAGUCCACCGUUCUAGAUUAUUGCAAUGCUGCCAAGGUGAGUGGAACUUGGUUGAUGGUGUUGAUGAUGACGAGAGAUACUUGA